ACGGCGAGUUAAUUUUAAACCCGGACAAGAUGGCGGAAAGGGACGCGGCGCGGCGCGCGGGGUCGACCCGCCAACGGCCCGAGCCGGCAGGUAAGCAUUAUGAGGAGGAAGAAGAGGAGGAUGCCCUACCUGACUCGGAUGUCAUGCCAGAUUCAGAUGACGAGGUGGAUUUGGAUAAGCCACGCCCCAUACAGAUUGUUCUCGCUCAUGAAGAUGACCAUAACUUUGAGUUAGAUGAAGAAGCAUUGGAAAAAAUCUUGCUUCAGGAACACAUCAAAGAUCUUAACAUAGUAGUUGUGUCUGUAGCAGGAGCUUUCCGCAAAGGAAAAUCUUUUCUGCUGGACUUCAUGCUUAGAUACAUGUAUAACAGGACUUCUCCUUGCUGGAUAGGUGGAAACACUGAGCCUUUGACUGGGUUUACAUGGAGAGGUGGAUGUGAACGGGAAACCACUGGCAUCCAGAUCUGGAGUGAAGUGUUUGUAAUUGAUAAACCCAAUGGAACAAAGGUUGCUGUACUACUCAUGGAUACCCAAGGUGCCUUUGAUAGCCAAUCCACUAUCAAAGACUGUGCAACGGUUUUUGCCCUGAGCACCAUGACAAGUUCUGUCCAGGUAUACAACUUGUCCCAGAAUAUUCAGGAAGAUGACCUUCAACAUUUGCAGUUGUUUACAGAAUAUGGAAGACUAGCAAUGGAAGAAAUUUACCAAAAGCCGUUUCAAACACUAAUGUUCUUAAUUAGAGAUUGGAGUUACCCUUAUGAGCAUGCAUAUGGCUUGGAAGGAGGAAAAAAGUUCCUGGAGAAAAGAUUGCAGGUGAAGCAAAACCAACAUGAAGAGCUGCAGAAUGUAAGGAAGCAUAUUCACUCCUGUUUCAGUAACCUUGGCUGUUUCCUGUUGCCCCACCCUGGUCUUAAAGUUGCAACAAAUCCAAAUUUUGAUGGGAGAUUAAAUGAUAUAGAUGAGGAUUUUAAGAAAGAGCUGCGGAAUUUGGUACCAUUACUGCUUGCCCCUGAGAACUUGGUAGAAAAAGAGAUUAGUGGAUCCAAGGUGACCUGUAGAGAUCUUGUAGAAUACUUCAAGGCUUACAUUAAAAUCUAUCAAGGAGAGGAGCUACCUCAUCCAAAGUCUAUGCUGCAGGCAACAGCUGAGGCAAAUAAUCUUGCUGCUGUGGCAGGAGCAAAAGACUUGUACAGUAAAGGCAUGGAGCAGAUUUGUGGAGGAGAUAAGCCUUACAUUGCCCCAUCGGAUCUUGAGCGGAAGCACCAGGAUUUCAAAGAGUCAGCUGUCAAGCAUUUCUGCUCUGUGAAGAAGAUGGGAGGGGAGGAGUUCUGUCGGCGCUACCAGGAUCAGCUUGAGGCAGAAAUCGACGAGAUCUAUGCAAACUUUGUGAAGCACAAUGAUGGCAAAAACAUAUUUUACGCUGCUCGUACCCCUGCCACUCUAUUUGCAGUCAUGUUUGCCAUGUAUAUAAUCUCAGGACUGACUGGGUUCCUUGGUAUGAACUCCAUAGCUACCCUGUGUAAUCUUGUGCUGGGGAUGGCUCUUAUAUCCUUUUGUACGUGGGCAUACGUUAAGUACUCUGGGGAAUUCAGAGAAGUUGGAACAGCCAUUGAUCAGAUCGCUGAAGCUAUAUGGGAACAGAGGAAUCCCAGGAAGGUGUUUUUCAAACUCUUUGAAGUCCUUAGAUGCCGAACAAUUCGCCGUGCUCUUACAUCAGUGCCGCGACAGCGACUCCCAUCCAACAAUAACAAGAAGAAAAACUAGCCAGUGUUUUUAACUUUCUUUCUGUAUCUGAAGUGUUCACAACUUACACAUAUAGGACAAUAAGCUGGACCGUCUGGGCCGGUCUGCAUAAAUGCUGUAACCAUACCAGACUGAUGCUGCAUAUAGGGUAUGGAAUUGCACAUCCACCUUCUAGGAACUGUAAAGUGGUUUGAAUUCAGAGAAAUACUGCUGUGUAGGAGGGAUAUCACUUGUGUUCAUAGCAUGUGACUGAUUUAACCUCAUUAGUGUAGCAGCGAAACUCAUCUAUUUCAGUUCAUGCCAGUUUGUGUCAGGCUUCAGCAUUCCACAUUUUUCCAUUAUUUCAAGUCUCAUCUUUUUGUAUGUUUUUUUUAUAUUUUAUUUUCUUUGGUUACCUCAUUUUUUUGUUUCUGCAC